UACUCGGCCCAGAAACAGUUUUUUGAAAGUUUAAUAACAUCCGUUUAGAAAUUAUGAAAAUCACAUUUUUAUUUUUACUUCUCGCCGUAGGGGGCAGUAUUUCCCAUCCGCCCCUCCAAAUCGAACCGUCGCCACGAUUCCGUCCCGUAAAUCCGGUUAAGCACAAGGCUCCAGUGUCACCAUUGUAUCGCCUCAACGACACCUGGAUCCCGUCCACUUAUGUUGUCGAAAUCAAAGUUGUUCUGGACAACGCACCCGCCGGAGAAGUUCCGUACACGGCGAGGAGUCGCGUCCAAAUUUCAUUCACUGUUAAAGAGAGAGUUAAUUCGAUAACGUUACAUGCAAAUUUGCUGACAGGGUUGGCGUUUAGGUUAACAAACGAAGCUGGAGUAGAUAUCCCUCUAUCACCAUACGUUGUCGACAAAGAAGUCGAGAAGCACUUUUUGCACAUUCCACUCCUAAGUGGCGUACUCGAACCGGGCGUGACCUACAAACUUCAUGCGGAAUCUUUAGCCUCCAUUUUCCGAGAUGGUCGAACCAACGCGUUAUACUUGAGCAGUUACCUCACCGAGUUUGGAGAUACAAAGCUAAUCGCCGCCACGCAGAUGGAAGCGUACCAUUUACGUCAACUACUCCCCUGCUUCGACGAACCCGAUUUGAAAGCAACUUUCACAUUGGAUCUAAUUUAUGAGACGAAAUAUAAAGCGAUUGCAAACGGAGAAACGAUUGGACAGCCUAUCCCUGAACCUGGCCUCGUAGGUUGGGUAAGGUCCAAGUUCACAACAACCCUGAAAAUGCCCACAUAUCUUUUUGCCUUCACAAUUGCGGAAUAUGAAUAUGUUACUGCCGAUGCAGGAUUGUUUGCAAAACCAGUUCGAGUUUGGUCGACACCGAACCAUAUCCGAGAUGGCCUGGGGAACUACUCAGUUAAUCUUACGGCAAAACUUUUGAGCUUCUUUGACACCUUUUUUAACACGACGUAUCCCAUGGAGAAAGUGGAUUCUGCAACCGUCACCCACAAAAGCAGUGCGAUGGAAAACUGGGGGCUAAUUUUGUACAGGACGGAUCUGCUCAUGUACUCACCUCUCGUAUCACUGGAAACUUCAAAAAAUGCUAUCGCGAGCAUUGUGUCGCACGAAGUGGCUCAUCAAAAUUUUGGGAAUUUAGUCACAUGUAAAUGGUGGAGUGAAAUUUGGCUUAAUGAAGGUUUCGCCACGUACCUGAGUUACAUGGGGGUUGACGCUGUUGCUCCGGAAUUUCGACAUGGCGAGUGGCAACUUAACGACGCCCUGCAGCCCGCCCUUGCUUACGAUUCUGGUCCGGAUAGUCAUCCCCUGAAGAAUUCUGGCCUUACUCCGGCAGAAAUUGACUCGUAUUUUAGCACAAUUACGUACGAAAAGGGGGCCUCGAUUAAUCGCAUGGUUGAAGCCUUCCUCACUAAAGAAACGUUUAAGAAAGGAUUGAUCCGAUAUUUGGAGGCAAAAAAGUUCCUAGGCGCCGAGCAAGAUGAUCUAUUCGUGCACUUGCAACAAGCUGCCGUUGAGGAUGGCAGAGUCUCUACAUUUCCGCCAGGUACCGAUGUAAAAACGAUCUUGGACACGUGGACGACGCAAGCAGGUCAUCCGUUGGUGCGAGUUAGUGUUCACAGCGUUCAUGGAGACGUUCUGAUUUCUCAAGAACGGUACUCAGACACGAAUUCCCCCAAUUUAUGGUACGUUCCCAUCACCGUGGUCACGCAGGAUUCUCCACCUUUGCCGAAUCACGUUCCAACUUUGUGGUUAUCGAAUAACCAAAGAACCACGACGUACGAUAAUUUCCCUGGGAAAUGGAUUAUGCUGAAUGCUGAUGCCACGGGAUUUUACCGAGUCUUGUACGACGCCGAGUUGACAUUACUCAUUCAGCGACAGCUGAGGAAUGAUCCGUCCAAAAUAUCUCCGUUGAGUAGAACUCAGUUGUUGGAUGACUAUUUUAAUUUGGCGUAUAAAGGGUUCAUAAAUAUCGACACCGCACUAGAUCUUACUACUUAUUUUGGACAAGAAGAUUCUUUUACUGUGUGGGAAGUUGUGUUUAAUCAGUUCAGAAAUUUAUACAAAUUUAUGGAAACUGCAGAACAACGCGAUGCAUUUACAAAAUAUUUUCUCCCCAAAAUCGACCGUGCUUUGAGGAGAAUUGGUCUCGAGAAUGAAGAAUUGGUUGGUGCGGAUGAAAUUUUUCGAAUGAAAUUGAUCGACUGGGCUUGUUCUCUAAAGCAUCCGGCAUGUCUGGAAUACGCUCAAGAACUUUAUUUCAUGUGGAACGAAACCAGAAUUAACCCAAUUCAGGUCGACAUACAACCCACAAUUUUCUGCAGUAUUGUUGCAAACGAGGGACUCCCCGGGUACCUUUUUGUCGCACAGAGAUACGUAGAAACCAAUAUUUUGAGAGAAGAAGCCCUCAAAACGAGACUUCUACACGGACUGGCCUGCACUCAAGAUGAAAGAAUCCUGCAAGGGUUCUUGGACUGGCCGUUGGAAGGUCCCGAAUCCGGCCUCGCACCGGCCCAUUUCAUCCCCGUGAUUGCCCGUGUCGGCAUGAAUUCAAAGGGCAGAUUGUUAGUAAUCCGGUAUCUUAAUGACAACCUAGACGCAAUCGUGGACAAAUUGGGUGAGGGAAAUGUGACCGUCGUCGUAACAAUUUUGACCAGCCUGGUACCGCAGCUUUCUACCCAGCAGGAAUUAAACGAGCUUGAAUUAUUUGUUGCAAAUCAUUUGACAAGAUUGAGCGAGUUAUUGGACUUGAUUAAUCGUCAAGUGGACGAGGUUCGUUCAAACAUUAAUUGGAUGUCGCACUGGGGUCAGCAACUUUUAGUUUGGAUGAGAGCUAAUCCCGAUGAGGAUCAAGUAACGACCAGCACGACGGGCGGCAGUACAUCAACGACGCAACAGACGACAUCUUCGACGACGCCGGAUCCUACAACGACGCCAAAUUCUUCUUCUAGUCAACUUGCAUGCGGGGUUACAUUAAUUGCCGCGUUGUUGGUAGUGGUGACGCAAAGAAUUUUAUGUUGAGGGUGCAAGUAUAGAUAUUUAUGUACGUAUGUAUGUAUUUUUAUAUUUAGGUAUGAAUGUUUCAUACACGUGGAGCACCUACUACAUACGUAUAUAAAUUUAUGUUUAUAUUUAUAUGCCUAUUAAUAGUUUAAGGUAAAUAUUGCUAUAAAACUCGAUAAUGUAAAUAUGUAUUUAUGUAUAUACUUCACAUAUGAAUAAAACAAAUUCGGUAAACACGAG